AUGGAGAUCAGUCAGAAGAAGCAGACAUCUGUGCUGAGGUAUUUGGUUAUGAAGCCAAGUAGCAGAGAAACAUAUCUGAAAGAGAUAAAGACGGGAAGGAGACAUGGUCAGUGGCAGGAAGGAGUGUGGGUCAAUACUUGUUUUGGUCGCAUUUGGGAAACACAGCAACAUGCACAUCUGCUGAUGACAGCUAACACUGAGGAGGUCAUUGCAGAUAGGAGAGGGGAUAAUGUAAAAGUAACAGAGAAAUAUGGUCCAGUAGUAUACACAGCAUAUUUAAAAUUGGAGCACAGUGACGAGAAUAUUAAAUUCUGGAUGGCAUGUGAAACCUACAAAAAGAUUGCCUCACGGAGGGGCAGGAUUUCCAGGGCAAAGAAGCUUUACAGCAUCUACAUCCAACCACAGUCCCCUAAAGAGAUUAACAUCGACAGUUCAACAAGAGACGCUAUCAUCAGAAACAUUCAAGAACCCACUCAAACGUGCUUUGAAGAGGCUCAAAAGAUUGUGUAUAUGCAUAUGGAAAUGGAUUCUUAUCCCAGAUUCUUAAAGUCUGAAAUGUACCAAAACCUUCUAAAAACGGUUCAAUCUCAAAGCUCUUGA